AUGAUCACGUACCGAGUGGCCCAGGCUCAAGACCUGAAAGAGCGCUUUCCCCGCACCGCAAACUACCUCGACCUGAAGGCGGACUACGAUCACAAGAACGUGUGGUUCGAGGAUCCGAACAACAAGCACAUCCUCCUAACGGCCCUCCAGUCCCGAAAGGGCUUUCCCGAAAUCGUGGUUCAGGUGGACAGCCUCCUCAACCUCCGGCGGGGUGGCAUUGGCGAGGUUGCCCCGUUCGAUCUCGUGAUCCUCGACGAGGUGGCAAGCAUCCUGGCGCACCUCUCAGCAGCAACUCUAAGGAACGGCAUGGAGACCGGCGAGCUGUUCUUGGAGAUUGUGCAGCGGGCAAGCGCGUGUUGGCCAUGGACGAUGGGUACGGGCAGCGGGAGCACGACUUCUUCCGCCUCGCAAACGUGCCUGGGAAGCUCAUCAUCAACAGAAGAAGGGCAGCGCGUGUUCGUUCCUAGAUUCAAAGACGGGCUUUUUGGUACCCGAUGCUCUCUCACGUACAUUCAGCCCACAGCGCGCUCAUUCUCUGUACCACUUCAUGCGCAGGUGCCUCUGACGUUCCGCGUCGGUCAGGACGAGAAGAAGUGGUUGGAUCGAAUCGUCGAGGACCUCGCGGCUGGCAAGAACGUGGUCGUCGUCAGCAUGUCUGCGCGAGUCCUGGACCGCAUCCGGGACCGGGUGACGUCACACCACUCGCUUGGGCUUGCAGACAGGGACAUCCUCAUCCAUAAGGCCUUGAGCGGGGGCGAAACCACGGCUCUCCUGAAGAACGUUGCAGAGAACUGGAAGGUUCGCCUGCUCAUGUACAGCCCCACCGUCAAGGCUGGCGUGAACUUUGACGUUCCUUGGUUCCAUACCAAGUUCCUCUACAUGUGCCAGAAGAGCACGACGGCUCGGGCAGCCUGGCAGGCGACGCUGCGGGGAACGACGGCUAUGGCACCGCAGGCUCCGGACGUUGACGACGACCCUGCUUUGCAGGAUGCUGAUGGGGACCGCUUGGACCAGCAAGUGGCGGUCGAUUCCCCUCUCAACCGGGCGUCCGAUUCUCAGUCUGGGGCGAAGGUCUCCUUGGGCCAACAUUUUGAGCAACUCAAGGGAUUCUUUGGCCCUCCACGGCGCGUGACCACGGCGGAGACGCUGCAAUUUUUGCAAGCCUGCAACAGCGAAGUGACGGCUGCAUGGAGGCGAGUCGCGUCAAGGACCGAGGACCCCGGCAAAGUUGUCCGGCUGAUCGAGGACGGCCCCCUCUUCCGGACGUUUGCGCAUACGGAGGCGGAGCGGCGGAACUCAGACGUGCGCCUGCUUCACGAGUUCCAACUGCAAGUCGCGCGAGCUGGCCACGUGGUGGAGGUUGAAGAACCCAAGGAGCUUUCGAAAAAGAGUAAGAAGCGGAAAGGGCUGGACGCAAAGGCGUUGAAGAUCAUUGGGGCGAGGGCGAUCGAUGCGGCAGAGUAUCAGGAGUUGAGGAGGUUGCGAGACACGAAGAGGGACAGGGGGGCGCAGAGUGUCGAGGUGAUGAGGUACGAGGCCUGCCAGUACUACGGCCUGAAGGACCUUGACGAGCACUUCUUCAAGGAGACGAAGGCCGAGUACAAGCCCCCGUUCUCAAAGAAGCUCGACUUUCUGCUGAAGGUGCUACUCGAAGGGGAGUUGCUCGAUGAGGGGGGAGUGGCUCGCCAGGGUCACGAGGUCAAGAUGGUGGAGACUGCGCGGGGGCUGCUCAAGGACAUGGGUCUGGCGCAUGCGUUCGAUGUGGGCGGUGAAAUCCGCUCGCUACUUGCAGGCGGACUCAAAGACAGGCUCCUGCGAUCGGACCUGUUCAAAGGCCGUCCCAUGCAGGUCGGUUCGAAAACCGCGAUGUCGGAGCGGCCCGUUUCCGAGAUGUUCCAGAUUCAGUUGCCAGCGCCCAGAACGGGGAAGGCUGAACUCGAUCCGGUGCAAUUGAAGGGGGUGAUAAACAGAGUGCUGGAACACAUGGGCCUGAAGGUGGGGAAGGGGAUCGAGGUGGGCCGCCCGCGACGAGGGAAGGGGAAGCAGUACGAGUCGGGGUCCGGAAAGAGCACUACAAGUACAAGCUAG